AUGCGGCGAAGGAAAAAACCCGAUUCACCCGCCGCUGCGUCUGAUCACACAGUGGAACCUGAACCGGUGGAGGAGUGUGUUCAGAGCACACUGGCUGCCUUGUACCCCCCCUUCGAGGCCACUGCCCCCACCCUGCUGAGCCAGGUCUUUGAGGUGCUGGAGCGGACGUACCAGCACGACGCCUUGCGCUACACCCUUGACUUCCUCGUUCCUGCCAAGCACAUUUUGGCUCGUAUCCAGAGCGAAGCCUGUGCCCAAUACAGCGGCUUUGUCUUUUGCCACGAGGGUUGGCCGCUGUGUCUUCGAGAGAAGGUUCUAGUGCAGCUGGGUUCGUUGCCCUGGCAACACCUCUGCCCCGGCGAUUUCUACCUGCAAGUGGUGCCUCACCGGGAGUGUGCCCCACGCCUGGUCCUGAAGUGCCUGUCUCUGGAGGGCCGUGGUGUUCAAGAGCUGCCUGUACCCCCAGACUCCUACCCGUUCCUCUUCACUGUCGAGUGGCUCAACGGCAUCAACAAGGAACGCCGAGCCGGACGCCUGGAGCGCUGCCUGCUGGCAGACGGAGAGAAGGUGUUGAGCCUGCCCUGGGCUGAGCUGGUCUACCCCCAGUUUGUGCACAAGGACGGGUUCAUUGUGGGGCAGCGCUGUCCCGCGGAUUUGGCUCCUGAGGUGCUAGGGGCACGGAGUCCAGGGGACGGGCGCCACUCUGGUGGGGAGAACCGGGAGUCUGAGGGAGAGUACGUUCACCUGCUGGAGGUCAGCCCCACCCUGCACCAGGGGCCAAGGAUUCCAGAGCCUUGUGGGGCUCAGAUCCAGACGAUGCCCGCCCGCAAGGGACACCACAAGAACCGGAGCCGGCGUCACCGGGCCUGGCUCCACCACAAGUCUGGGUGCGGGGAGAACUUUGCCUUGCGCAAGGCCUGCAAAAACCAAGAGGCCGAGCAGUCUAGUCAAGAGAGGAGCGCCCAGGGGGACAGAACUGAGCCACACCGAGGUAACCCUAUCUGGGCCUCGGACCAAAUGUCAAAGCCCUUCCAGGUGGUGGAGAGCCUGUGUUCCAGGCAACCGGUUCAGAACCAGGAGCCCUCUGGGGCUGAAGCACGACCAAAUGUUUCCGGUGCAGCUGUGGCGGAGGACAACGGGCUCGAGAAAGCAGAGCUGCCGGGGCCUGUAAACCGAGAUCCCACUCCGUCCAGGGAGCUCAGCGACGAAACCCCGUCUCCUGCUUCAGUGACACCAAAACGCACUGCCAAGGGGAACCGAAGGAAAAAGAAAGGUGCUGGGAGAGGCGCAGGGGGCCGAAUCAGGCAGGGGGGUGACUCUGCCAACCAGGAAACGGGGGCUUCUGCUGAUCUAAGAGACCCAGAAAAGGAAGAGAUCUGCAUUGGUACAGGAAAAGAGGAUUCUGGGAAGGGAGAACAAAGCUUUACUAAUGGCGAACAAGCCGUCAGCACUGAAGAAUGUUGUGCGGGCACUGCCGAUUGUAUUGGCAUCAGAGAGAUAAGUGGCAUUGAAGGAGAUGGGACCCCUGGUGCUGCGGAGGAGGGUGCCAGCUUUGGGGAGCUGGCUGCAGGCGCUAUAAAGUACGGCGUUGGCGUCAGAGAACCAGAGGACAGCGCGGAAAAAUGUUCUGCUGGCGUAGAAGGCAGAACUGUUGCCACCAGAGAAAGAAGCAUUGGCAGAGAAGACCCAAACCUUAAUGCCAAAGACCAGGCUGCUGCAGUUGAUGGUGGGGAAGAAAGCACAGGCAUGGAAAAGCAGAGCGUCAUGGAACAAGGGGCCGCUAUGGAAGGGCAUUGCAUGGGAGAGAAGAGCCUUACCGUUGGCAUGGAAGAAACACUGCUGACCAAGUUGCCAGGGAAGGAAGAGCCAAGCGUCGAUGGGCAAAAGGAAGCCCCAAAUGUUGCAGCUGAACAGGCAGUGGAGGACAUACAGACGGCCCCUCUGCCUGCUCCGGUUCCUCUCCAGCAAGCUGUAGACUGGGAUCUUUUGUGCUCAGGUGUCUUUGCGCUAACAGGAGGAAUGGACAGGGCUGGACGGUCUUUGCUGACUGUGGUGCCUCAGCCUAUUCGAAACGGGCUGCCCCCAGGACAAGAUGUUCUGGUCAACACCCUGAGAUACCUGCACUCACUUCUCAGGAAAGAGCAGGAGGCCUUGGGGAUGACUGUGCUCCUGGACCUGAGCCAGGUGGACGACUGGGCCCUCCAGGCUCCUGUGCUGUUGCCGGCCUUGAGGACGUUCCAGGAGGCUUCUCCACCACCCCUGAGUCAGUUGCUGGCAAUCUUACCCCCUGAUGACCGCUUCGUACCCCAUGAGGAGGAGUUGGCCUUGGAUCCUGCUGUGGAGGUGGUGGUGCUCUCUCUUCCUGAGCUGUCACGUUACGUGGCCCUAGACCAGCUGACUCCUGCACUGGGUGGGGCCUUGCACCAUUCACCACGCAAAUGGGUGGGGGCACGGCAGGCUCUUGAGCAACUGCAGACACUCUGCUGCAGCGUCCUAAAAGCCGUGUGUGAAGCCAAGGCCCACCUCCAGGCAGUGGGAACAGCCAUGAGUCAGGAGGAACCGUUGGCACAAAUCGCCUCACACCAAGAGACGAUGCAGAAACUGCUGUCGGAGCCCCAGCUCCUGGAGCUCCAGCGCCAUGGAGGGGCCUUGCUGGCACAGCUGCCUGCACUGGGGCCACACAGCACAGAGACUGCGGCUGUCACAAAGCUCUAUCAAGAGGUGGACGAGGCCCUUCACAGUCUGGUCCAGCUCAGCAACCAGCGCCUGGAGGUGUUGCAGAAAGAAGGGGAAAACACACAGGCUCAACAGCAAACGGGGGGAGAAAGGAGGAGCCUCCAAGCGACUGGUGACAGCGUAGAAGAGAGGAGGCCCGUCGAGAGGGUGGCUGAGGGGACCUCCCUGGAGAGGACACUGCUGCUGAGCCCCAAGUUCCAAGGGAAGAUGCCGGCUGUGCUGGAAGCCUCCGCUGCCCCACGGCCCCGCGCCUGCAGCAUCAGCACCUCCUCCUCGCCGAAGCAUGGCUGGGGCCUGAGCGGCAGGUUCGGCUCCUCUUGCAGCCUGACGUCCCUCUUCCAGCCGCACCCCAGCCCCAAGGCCUCCCCCUGCUGUUCCCCUACCCGAAACAGUCCUGCGGAGAGCAGCAAGAAGAAGGGGGGUUCUCCUGCCAGCCCCCACAUGCUUGUGUCUCCUGCCUCUCCCCUGGCGUUGCGGGCCUUGAGUGACCCGGGCCGCCCCAGCGUGCACAUCCGCGGCCUGGAGGUCAGCAGCCGCGAACUGGCGGAUAGGAGCUGCUCACCCCGCGAGCAUGUGCUGUUAAGUCGCAGUGGGCCCCACGUCGCUGAAGCCCCCUGGGGGGCCACGCCCCGCAUGGAAAGAAGGCGCUGCCUUGGGGUCCAACAGCAGCUUCUGGCAGAGAUGCUAGAGUGUGAGCGGGAGUACGCGAGCGCCCUGGCCCAGCCUCUCUCCCUGGCCAAGGAACCUGGGGGGCAGGCCUUGACCGCUGAACUGAGGUGCCUGGGCAGCGCUCUGCGGGCCACGCGGGACCAGCUGGCGGCCUUCCAUAGCAGCAGCCUCCUCGGCGAGCUGGAGGGAUGCAUGAGCCACCCAUCACGCGCCGGGGGCUGCUUCCUGCGUCACGGGGAGAAGUUUCAACUCUAUGCCAUUUAUGCCAAAGAUCACCACAAGUUCCAGGCUGCCCUGGCUUCACUUCGAACCACCAGCAAGACGGCAUCUAUGGGACUGACAGAGAGCGUGGGGCCUAGCGGUCUGCGCUUUGAGCUGUGGUUUGGACGGGGACCAGCCCGACAGGCCUACACGCUGCAGGCAGCCUCUCCUGAGGUCAAGCACCAGUGGACAAAUGUUAUAGCCCAGCUGCUGUGGAGACAAGCUGCCCAUCCAGCAAUCUCCAUGUGCAGAGCCUCCUGCCCAGGCCAGCGUUUGGCCCCCCUCGGCCUCGGUCCUGGACCCCCUUCUGGGCUAUCAUUGCCUGGCCAUGUUGAGGAAGAAGAAUGGGACCUAGAUGUCAAGCCUAUCCCAAGGGCGGAGACCUCCGAUUCAGAAGGAGCCUCCCCCAGCCACCGAGAACCAUCCGGCCUGGCAAGAUCAUUGCCCGGGAGUAGCUCUACUGUGGGGCACCACCAGUCGCGUUGGGUGUGGAGCCUGCAUCGGAAGCUCUUCUCCCCGGUUAGCCAUGGACGGCAGGAUUCAAUCCCCAGAGGCUCUGGGAACAGGACGGUCUGAGCCUCCCAAUGCCUUGGAAGUGCACUGGUGCCCGUGCCCACGACGUGCUCCCACCAAGUCAUCCAAAGACUCUCCCUCGCUCCUUUACCUGCUGCCAUCCCACAGAAGAACCUAGCCUC